UGUCCUGGGUGCAGUACUUCCAUUCAGAAGGCUAGUUACAAAUAUUUCUACUGUGACCUCACUGGUGGAUAUUUUGAACUUUGGAGAAUGUUAUUCAAAAUUUGUUGGAAUUUUUUUUUGAUUGAUAAACAAAAUUUGAUUCUGGCUAAAAACAUCCCUUUCUAAUUCUCUAGUAUAUGCGCUUGGUUCUAUAUCCUAAUAUUUUUCUUUCCAACCCUGGAUCUAACUGGUCAAGACUGUAUUUUCCCCCAGCCAUUUUGAUAUUGUAAAUUUAUCUCAAGAAUGCAGAAGCUUGUGUAUUCUAGGCUGCUCAUUUGACCAUGCUUAUAUUUCUCUUUUCACAGGUAGUUAUUCCUUUGGGAGAUAUUGACGAGAUAAGGAGGAGCCAGCAUGCAUUCAUUAACCCUGCUAUUACAAUAAUUCUGCGUACAGGUGCAGGCGGUCAUGGGGUACCUCCUUUAGGAAAUCCUGAUGGGAGAGUACGAUAUAUGUUCGCGUCUUUUUGGAAUAGGAAUCAUGCAAUUAGAGCCUUGCAACGAUCAUCAACGAACUAUCAUGCCAUGCUAGAAGCAGAGAAAAAGGAGAGGGAACAGUCAGCACUACGUGCACAUAGCAGCUCAGUUAAAGGAAGUAAAAAGAUGGAUAUGAGCAGGGAAGAAAAUGUGCCAAUGACUGGGAAAUCUCAGCCUUUUAUCAAAGAAGAAGUCCUUUCUGGUAUAUACAAUGACACCUUCCCAUGUACACCUCAACAAUUUUUUGACAUACUAUUGUCUGAUGGUUCAAAUUUCACUACCGAGUACCGUAUAGCACGCAAAGAUUCUAAUCUCAAUAUAGGUCCAUGGCAUUCUGCUGAUGAGUAUGACGGCCAAGUCAGAGAGAUUACAUUCAGAACCAUAUGUAACAGUCCUAUGUGUCCCCCAGAUUCAGCAAUGACGGAGUACCAGCACGCCAUCUUGUCCCCGGAUAAGAAAAUGCUGGUUUUUGAGACUGUACAACAGGCCCAUGAUGUCCCAUUUGGAUCAUGCUUUGAGGUUCACUGUAGAUGGUUGUUAGAGGCAUCUUCUGACUCGUCCUGCAGUUUAGACAUUAAAGUUGGUGCGCAUUUCAAGAAAUGGUGCAUUAUGCAGUCUAAAAUUAAGGCAGGAGCUGUCGACGAGUACAAGAAGGAGGUUGCAACAAUGACAGGGAUGGCUCGUUCAUUUGUUCAAUCCGGAAUCUCAGGUAGUGAAAUGCAAAAUGCUGCAUCUGAGCCUUCCAUUACUCAAUAGAACAUCUAAUUUAGGUUAUAUUUAGCUUCAGAAUUCUUUGAAAGUGUUUCAUAAUUCUGUUUUGUUUGUUUGUAAGUAAGAUAGUACUACCAUAAGUCCAUGUAAUUUUGUCACAAUCUUUGGAGAGUAACUGCACCCUAUUCCUCAAACAGAGGUCAAGUGGUGCUUUAUUUGUAAAUUUAUGGAUCACAAUUUUUGUAUCAAGAUUAGAUGAUUUUUCUUUUUCCUAGUA